UAUUCCGUUACACCUGCCGACCACAUCUCCAAACUCGUGGGAUAUACAAAGUCUUUGUCUGCAUCAGAUAGGGAUGUUCCUCCAAAACACGAUCAUGAUCACGCAGUACGAAUUCCGCGAUCAACCUCACCUGGACUCGUUAUCUUUGUAGGCUUCAUCGGUCGGUUAUGGGGAAUCGCUGCUGCUGGUCUGUGUUCGAGAAUAUGAUGCAGGUCAACAUUCCCAAGUAUGCCCCUAACCUUCCCAGACCCUUAAUUGUCGUGCCACCACCUGAUCGACCAGCUGUCCUGCACGCAUACGUCAAUAUGCUAAAUGAUGUUUUCCUUAUUGGCGUCCCUGCGGG